AUGCCCUACGAUUUGUUUACAGUGUUCAACAGCGCAAUGGACGGCGUCUACGUUAACCGUACCACCGAUGAUUUCUACCUCUGGGGUUUCGAAUCCGACAAAGCAAACGGCUACGAUGGCUAUAUGGAGAUCAAAUUCUCUACGGGCCUGACCGUUACAAUCCCCAACCACCAGUUGAUUCUCCCCUACCGCGACUACGACAAGAACGGCAAGCCUUACAUCAAAAACGCCAAACAAAACGUUCUCAUGAUCAACAGCCCACAACAGGUAAACGAAAACGAUCUCCCGCUCCUUGGCCUCCCAUUCCUCUCCUCGGCAUACCUCGUCGUCGACCCCGACCAGGGCAGGUUCCUACUCGGUGAAUCCCAGCGCUCGACAACCUCCGACCUCGUCGCCGGCUCCCUCGACCUCUGUCCCGCCAAUGCCGAAUCCACCCCCACAGGGAUCAUCGAUAGCCCCGCAUCCACAUCCACGAGCUCUAACUCACCGUUAGUAACAAAUUCGACCUCCUCCUCUUUAUCCUCGGCCGCGGUCAUUGGCGGUAGUAUCGGCGGCGUUGCCGCUGUGGCGAUCAUUGGCAUCCUCGCAUUUGUGUUUUGGAGGCGCUCAAAGAAGCAGAAGAUGGCCGAGGUGGAGAGGAGCGGCGCGACCGCCGGCGAGACGAUGCAUAUGAUGAGUGUGCCAUCGGAGCUCGACGGCAGCUCAACCUCCGGGAGUAUGCAUGUGGCGGGUGCGGGAGGGAUUGUGGAACACUAUAAGCCGCCGGCGGUGUCGUAUGAGCUGCCGGGGACGAUACACGAGCCUGUGUAUGAGGCCGACUCGGGCCCGGUGUACUACACAGAGCAACCACAGCAGCAGCAGCACGCGAAUUGA